AUGCCAACCGAGGUGACAUUGAAAGCUCACCGAGAGAAAUCGCGGGCAAUUUCCAGAACCGCGGAGGACAAGAUCCCAUCGGGAGUGCGAGCCGCCUGGCCUGAGCUCGCCGCGCCCAUCCUAUGGACGAAGGCCCUGAGCAAGGCGGGUGCUCUGAGUAGCGUGAACGACGAGAAAGCCUUGAAGAACCACAACGACGGAUGGCUGUGGCCAACUGUGAGUAGGAAGGGCUUGACCCCCGCGAGGAACCAGGACCAGGACGCUGAAGGAACCGGAGACCCUGGGAAAUCCUGGGGAAUCCCGGAAACCCGCUUUCGAGUGGAAAAUGGAAUUAUUGAAGUUGCAUCGCCAAGUGAAUGA